UGCAGGUGCGCGUGUCUUGCCCUUGUAUCGUGUCUGCUGGUGAUGGACGAUGGCGAGGAGGAGCCCAAAUUCCUGCAUCUGCCGCCACCACAUCAACUAAUCAGCUGGGGCGGUUGCGAGGGCCACGGGAGCAGCGGAGGAACCAAGAUGAAGAAAUGUGUGCCAGGAGGCGGAGCCGCGUCCGGUGCGCGUAAAAGCUCCAACAACAAUGAGCUGUGGCUCUUCAGAGACGAGGAGUGCGCACCCCUCACUUCCUCCGAUCUGUCGCGCCACAGAGAUGCUGCUGGCUCAGAGCGCGAGCACAGGCGCGCAGGAGACACAAGCUCAGAGGAGACAGCGGUAGGAGAGACAGCCAUCGGAAUGAUAUGCAAUAAAAACGGAGAUUGUAGAAGGGACCCGACCAGUUCAGGGAGCCUCUCCUCUCUCAUCUCAAGACAGGAGAAGCAGCCAGAUGGAGUAGGAGCAGCGGCGGCAGCAGCGUCAGAGGGGCUGGCUGCGUGUAUGGACGGCUCCAUUAAUUCACCGGGGCCCCUCAACCAGGGGCCCGGGGCCGUGGCAGCGAUGGAGAAAAAGGACUCCAGAGUUUCCUUCUCCUAUGCCCCGACUAGUAAAGGACAGACCCCGAGUCUGCAGUCGAGAAGUUCUGUGACAUUCACUAAAGCUGAGGACGGCUCUCAGAUCGUGCCGGACGAUGGAGACUCCAGGGGCAAUCAGACUUACAUGCAGCGGCAGUUCAGCUCCAUGCUUCAGCCAGGAGUCAACAAAUUCUCCCUGCGCAUGUUCGGCAGCCAAAAGGCAGUGGAGAAAGAGCAGGAGCGAGUUAAGUCUGCGGGGAACUGGAUUAUUCAUCCGUACAGCGACUUCAGGUUCUACUGGGACUUCACCAUGCUGAUGUUCAUGGUGGGCAACCUGAUCAUUAUCCCCGUGGGCAUCACCUUCUUCAAGGAGGAGACCACCACACCUUGGAUCAUCUUCAACGUCUUCUCCGACACCUUCUUCCUCAUAGACCUGGUUCUCAACUUCAGGACUGGUAUUGUGUUUGAGGACAAUACGGAGAUCAUCCUCGACCCCAAGAAGAUCAAGGAGAAGUACCUCAAGAGCUGGUUUGUGGUGGACUUUGUCUCCUCCAUACCUGUGGAUUAUAUCUUCCUCAUCGUGGAGAAAGGGAUUGACUCGGAGAUGUACAAGACGGCCCGGGCACUCCGCAUCGUCCGCUUCACUAAGAUUCUCAGUCUGCUGCGUUUGCUGAGGCUCUCCAGACUCAUCCGUUACAUCCACCAGUGGGAGGAGAUCUUCCACAUGACCUAUGACCUGGCCAGCGCUGUGAUGCGAAUAAUCAACCUGAUUGGUAUGAUGCUGCUGCUGUGUCACUGGGACGGCUGUCUCCAGUUCCUGGUGCCCAUGCUGCAGGACUUUCCGUCGGACUGCUGGGUCUCCCUCAACAAGAUGGUGAAUGACUCAUGGAGCGAACUCUACUCCUUCGCACUCUUCAAGGCCAUGAGCCACAUGCUGUGCAUUGGAUAUGGAAGACAAGCCCCAGAGAGCAUGUCGGACAUCUGGCUGACCAUGCUGAGUAUGAUCGUAGGAGCCACCUGCUACGCCAUGUUCAUCGGCCACGCAACUGCACUUAUCCAGUCUCUGGACUCGUCUAGACGCCAGUACCAGGAAAAGUACAAACAAGUGGAGCAGUACAUGUCUUUCCACAAACUACCAGCUGACUUCCGACAGAAAAUCCAUGACUACUACGAGCACAGAUACCAGGGCAAGAUGUUUGAUGAAGAGAGCAUCCUGGAGGAGCUUAAUGAGCCUCUGCGCGAGGAAAUCGUCAACUUCAACUGCCGUAAGCUGGUCGCAUCCAUGCCGCUGUUCGCCAACGCUGAUCCCAACUUUGUGACGGCUAUGCUCACCAAAUUGAGAUUCGAAGUCUUUCAGCCCAGAGACUACAUCAUCAGAGAGGGCACCAUCGGCAAGAAGAUGUACUUCAUCCAGCAUGGGGUGGUCAGCGUCCUGACCAAAGGAAACAUGGGCAUGAAGCUGUUGGACGGCUCCUAUUUUGGAGAGAUCUGUCUACUGACCCGAGGUAGACGGACGGCCAGCGUGCGAGCGGACACCUACUGUCGCCUCUACUCUCUUUCUGUGGACAAUUUCAACGAGGUGCUGGAGGAGUAUCCCAUGAUGAGGAGGGCCUUUGAGACGGUCGCCAUUGACAGAUUGGACAGAAUAGGCAAGAAGAAUUCAACCCUGUUGCACAAAGUUCAACAUGACCUAAACUCGGGUGUUUUCAACAACCGUGAGAAUGAGAUGAUCCAGGAGAUAGUGAAGUACGAUAGAGAGAUGGUUCAACAGGUGGAUGUACCACGACCACGAGCCAUGUCCCUGACACCUUCUCUUCAUGGUGGGAUCUUCACUACUAUGGGUUCCUCCACCCAGCCUCAAAAUUCAGCGGUUGGCACUUUGCAGCAGGCCUUAGCCAUGAACUUUUGUCCCCCGAUGCAAGGGAACUCAUUGGGAGCGGGGAAUAUGCAGUCUCCAAGGAUGGUGAGGAGAUUCCCGGUGGUGCAAAGCGUAUCCAGUCCUGUGGCAGCCUCUCCCAUGCAGUCUCAGCUCCUUGCUUCUGGUGCCUUUGCUCCAGUCCUGUCCAGCCCUCCAGUCCAGAGCCCACUUGUAGCUGGAGGACGAUCGUUCCAGUAUGGGUCCAGUUCCAUGGCAGGUCCCACCUCAGGCUCCCAGCUUUCUCUAGUCCAGCAGCACUUAUACAGCCCUGCACACCGGCCCAGCACAUUCAAGAGCACCCAUUCCUUGCAAAUGGGCAGUUUGAGCCAAGACGCCAGGGCCCUGUCUGCCUCUCAGCCCUCACUGCCUCAUGACGGGGUGCAACCAGCUGCCCCCAGUCCACCACAGUCUACACGAGUCUCUUCUUCGUCCAUCGGACCCCCUCAGACCCCAUCAGGUCACACAACCGUUCGGAGUGGUAUACCACAGAGGGUGGUUCUGCCGCAUCAAAUGUCUAUGGGGGCAUUCCCCUUAGCAUCACUGCCCGGUUCUGGACAGAGUUUUGGGGCCGUUGCUGGGCUGUCAGUAGGGGGGAUGGGAACAGGUCAUGGAGACUCAGGACAACCCAAAAAGGACUCUAUAGUGAGCCUUCCUGAGACUGACCACAUCAAAGUUAGAUCCAGGUUAUCCUCAAACUUGUGAUCUUAAUUAGACUCUUGGGAGGGAGUGACUCAAUGGGGGCUUCACUGCAGGAUCACAGGGAGGAUUUCUGUUCUCCUUUCUACAGUUCCUCGUCACUCUACCUGUUCCAGUUUGACUAUACGAAUGUAUGAAUGUUGAGUGAGUGGCAGAAAGGAUAAUUUAACUGUUUUAAGAUCAUAAAGUCUGUAUGACUUUGGAAGCUGCAGCAUUGAUAUGUUUCUACUCAGACAUAGAAGAUGCACAGAACAGUGGUUAUACAGUAAAGUAGCAUCUGCCAUCUCUUUAUUAAUUGUAUUUCACAACAUAGUUAGCAACAGAUGGGCAUACCUGCUUCACUUACCCUUUCAUUGAACUCAUGUGAUUCUGGGUCAGAUUGGACUAAAGGAAAAUCAGGGACCUCCUUCAGAUAUCAGAAGUUAGCACUUUAAUUUUAACCACCGCUUCUACCAUAUUUUUCAUUCUGGCCGCCUUUCCUUUCCUCACAGAUGCAUAAUUAUUGUGAUUGCAUAAUGUUUGAAUGCUAAUUGGUGUUGGUUUUCACAGUUUUAAAUAUUUAUUCAAGUAGCUCAUUAGACCAAAUUUGUAAGCACAAAAUUUAACAAUUUUUAAAAAAGAGAGACUCCAGUGGUUUAAGCCAUAUUUCUGUGAGAUCACUGAUAUGACGUUAUUAACAAGAGUGUGUUGUUAGUAGGAUCUAGUUUGCCUCUUUUGUAAGUCUUCCCAGCCUCCCUACAGAUAAAUGUGUGAGGUUGUAGAAUCCUCAGAUAACAUACGAUGAAUAUCCUUCAAACUGAAAUUACAUCUGUGGGACAAAUGACUUUGUUCCAGCCACGCCAUUGAUUUCUACAGGAACAUUUUUUUAUUUAAAGCUGCAUUCGUCAAUAAUUUUUAAAUCAACAGUGAAUCAAAUGCUACUACAUGCAAUGCAACCGGAAUGAACCUGCCCAGAAUGAUUACUCAUUUAUUUUGUAAAUGGACAAUUGUAUCCUCUAGUACUCAUUGUUUUGGUGAUAAGAUCCACAAUUACUCCACCAGCAGAGCUUUUAAAUAUUUCCUCCAUCCUCCCACAACACCUCGGAAAUAAUGAGUCAUCAUGUGAAUCACACAACACUUCUUUUUCUUCUUCUUAGUGGUAGAGUGCUAUUUAAAAUUGCCUUAACCUCCAUGAGAUAUUUACACCAGUCACAAGGGAAUGACGUUUUUCUGUCACUCAGCUGACUAUACCGUGACCUUACCAUACCAUUUUACUCUGGUUCCCUAGGGGAAGGGUGCCAAAAAAAUGGUAGGGGCUGAUUAUUUUGGCACUAUUCCUAAUGGGAAAAGUAUAGGUAUGUAACCUUACUAUACCAAACCUAACCUGAUAUCUGCAAUUCAGUUACAGACAAACCCCUUACACAUGUAAUGAAAAUGUAUUUUCUGAAUACAAUGGCAGCACCAUGCGUGAAGCCAGUAUUUAAUUUAAUGGUUGUUGCCUCCAUCUCUGGUGACACAUCCUGCUCAUUUUAUGUCUUAAUAUAAUAUUUUAUGUUUAUUUACACAUUGAACCUUUAAAAAAACAAAAAAAACAAAAACAAAUUGGUAUUGAUGACAGAUCUCACCAUAAAUGCAAAUGUCAGCUGUUGCUCUUUAGCUUGCACACAACAGUUAAAUUAAUGUAAACACUGACCAUUGUGUGGUCUGAAGCUGAUGGUUAAUGAUUUGGUUUGUUCCUGUACAUUUCCUUAAAAAAUGUAGUAGCAAAAUGACUCAACAGAUAUAUGUCCCCAACAUUAUAUGUAUAUGAAGAAAGAAAUCAAUGGAAUAUAUGACACUUUAAACCACAGAUUUGAUUUCUAAAGUAUUGGGUGUAUGGUAUUUUAUUAAGUGAGUAGUAAUUAUCCACACUUUGUGAAAGUAUUAUAUAGUAGAAAUUAUAAUUCACUGCCAGUUAAUUACAAAGAUUUAUGUAAAACCAUUCAAAUGCACACAAUCAAAAUGUAAAUCCAUCCUUUUUCGAACUCCGAAGCUUCAUACAGCAGCAGUUUGGGCAAUCACUAUGCCAAAGUCAAUUCAUAGGGAUAAUGAAACUCCUGGCGCAGCUCAAGCUUAAUAAUGCUAAAUAAAAAUGUAUUUUGACCAACAGCCAAGGAGAGUGCAGAUACUGUGCAGGAUGUACAGUAUAUUUUAGUGUGUCUCUGUCAUUACUGCCCCAAUAAGAGUUCAUGAUUUGUGUCCAGAAGCAUUCAGAAGGGAACCCUUUCUCCUAACCUGACAUUCUAUUCACCUCAUUUCACUAAUGUCUGAACCAUUACUCCAUAAUGAGAGUGGAAAUUGGAAUCCCUCGGGUCUGUUUGGAGCUGUAACUAUUCUUCUUCAAUUGGAUUCCAUUAUACAGUCCCAAUAAUGAGUUCUUGGCAUACAGUAUGGUCAUUUUGCAGUUUCAUUUUGUUUAGUUUCAGUCCCUCUGUUGUUGUCAUUUAGCUUGAGACAAAGGUGAAGGUUUAUAAGUAUUUUUAUAUAGUAUAAAAUAAAAAAAGACUCCCUGUGCAAUCUAUCUCGGCUGCUUAAACAUAAAUUAAUACAGAGGCCUGCAGUGAGAGUUGUGUUCUGCACGGUGUCCUGGAGGCACCGUCUUUGGACGAGUGCAUUUAAUUUAAAAAAUCAGGCGUUAGACAAGUGGCAACCGGCCGUGACGUCGUGCUAAAGAGUAUUAACUCCCCUUAUGAAGCCUCCAUAAUUAAAAUUUGACUGGUGCAUUGUUGAUGUUUUGCAAACUGAAAUUCAUCAGCUGCAAUCAGGCACCUAUGGGAAAUACCCAUAGGUGUCAAUCACACUGGUGUCCACUUUAUUGUCUGUUUUCCUCUCAGUGGGAACAUAGUUUACAACACUGACAUCAUGUGCUAUUGAAGAAGACCUGAAGCUACCGACUGAGACCCAUUAACUUCACAGGAAAAUGUUUGCUGACAUUUUAAAUCACCGUUAGAUUUAUACUUCCAUUCAAACAUAGUUCUUUUCAUGUCCCUUAGUGGCUAUUCAAUAUAGUCUUAUUUCCUGGUUGGCUUCAGGAGACUAUAUCUGUUUUUUAUAUUUAGUUCUUUUCCGGGAUUAGGCAAAUUGGACACUCUAAAUUGAAAAUAAAUAAUUGAAAGGUUUAAAAUAAUGAAUGGAUAGAUGUCUAUGGGAAAAUGAGCCUAUGUAUUUGUUUGAUUAAUAAUCUUGUAAUCUUUUAAUCAAGUUAAUCUUCUCAAUCACUAGUUUCAGGUCUUCAUCAAUAGAACAUGAUGUUAAUUUGGUAAAUAAUGUUCCCUUUAGAGAAAAAGAGACGAUAAAGUGAUAAAGUACAUGAGUGGACACCAGUGUGAGUGACAGCUGUUCAACAGGUGCUUGGUUACAGGUGACGUCUGUGAAUUAGUGGCAGUCAGGUCAUGAGUCUUGAAGCUUCACAACAGGAGUUUGUUUUUGUUGUCACAUUUUUAUUUUAAUGACACAAAUCAACCCUGAAUGAAGAGUAAAACCAAAAAGUUUCAAGGCCACGGAUAUUUUUUUUUUUAUCAAAUCCAAACCAGACAUAAUUCAGACUGAACCAUUCACUCUGGCUAAAUGUACAAAUCAGAGAACAACGACACAACAAAACACGCGUGUUCAUGACUUAAUGUUGUCAGAAAGCGAAGUUUGUCAUACAAAGCAAUAACUGAAAAGAGUGGUGACUAUAUGCAAAUGAUGUUCUGUUCUGUGUUAAUGGAGAUGCAAUAUUUCACAUCUGAUUUCCUUUAAAGUCUCUUAAUGGAAGAAUAAUAUAAGCAGACAUUAGCAGAUUUAAACACAUGAUUGGUUAAUGUCUUUAUGUGUAAAUGUAGUGUGCAUCUUGUAAACCAGACUACUUAUUUAUGUAUUUAUUUAGUUAGUUAGUUAGUUAUUAGGCUUAUAUAUAGAUUACUCUAAAUGUGGACACAAAAAUAAUAGGUUGGUAAAAAAAGAAAACGUCUUUUUAAUGUUAGACAUAAUGCAUAUUAUCACACGAUAUGAACUGAUAU